CAAAUUUGCGAUGGAGCGCUCGAACGAUCGAGUCAAGCCCUCUGGUCCUAUAUGCUUAAUGGGCAUUAGGUGCUAGCACCGGGAAGCCCGACAGCGACUGCCUGUUGGCUCUGUUUGCUCACGCGCGGGAGCGUUGAAACUUCUAAAUCACCUUGGCUCCCCUCUAUUGCGCAAGUUAUAGGGCUGCUACCAACGCUCGUGUCAAGCCUCUGCUCCCGCCCAUAUACUACCGCCGAUCGAGCUGCACUUGAACGAACCGGCAGAUAUUGUGGCUGCCAAUAAUCUCGCCUCCGCCACAGAAUAGGGAGUAUCUCUGCGAGAAGCAGCACCACUGAUAUGACUUCAUACGCCAGCAGACAGACUUGUGUGGUUUCUGUCCUCCUCCUCAUCGUGUUCCUGCACGUCUCUACACUCCUGGUUGUGGCAUAUCAAAGACAACAUGUUAGUGGAAGCAGCAUUCAAUAAUAUGGCGGGCGAUAAAUUCCCGACAGCACGUUUCGACACUCUUCUGAAGAAGCUACCUCCCACACCUCCAACGAAGAAACGAUACGACGUAAUGCCAAUCAGACUACCCACACCACGCUCUGGCAUGAGACCACACAUAAUAUCAGCAUCACCAGAUAGCACGGGGAGCGACGACGAGACCCUAGUACCAUACGACACAUCACCCACCGACACCGACUGGUCCCACAAACGCGACUCUGCAUUUCCUUCGCCCAAAUCAGACGAUUCAGCACCAUUAGGUCUCCAUGGCACAGCAGUAUUCGACGAUGUCCGCGAGCAAUUUCAAGGCGGAAUAUCUACACUAGACAAUCUACUUCGCUACAUGGAACAUUCGGGCCCUGCACAAUGCAAAGGCUACCGAAGAGGGAUAUUGACCUUGCUGGCGAACCUCGUCGCAAUGGCCAAAUGGCUCGUAGCAUUCUUGGAACUCGCCCGCACGACCGAUAAUGAUUCGAUUUGGACACGAAGUGCUGUGCUCGGACUGCGGGUGGAUCUGCAUCAGUAUUCUUGGAAAGUGAUGAAGUUGACUACACUGCUAAAGCAAGUCGGCGCCUAUCAUGCUCCGAAGUUACAGCUACGAUGACCUAUGUGUAUGUUUUUGGUUGAGUGCAGAUGUCAAAGGACGCAGGGACGGACGGAUUUUAUUUGUUGAUGAUUGAUACCUAUACCUCGAUGAUGUGUGACCGAGGUCGUUCUGGCGU